CCAAACCACCCCUAUAUAUACACACUCCAUUUACUCUGUUUUACAUAUUAAUUUCCAAGAAAAGAGCCUAUCUAAUUCUACUUGAUCACCUUUGUCUAUAUCAUCUUCAUCACUGAGGUCAUCGGAAAAGUAGCAUGCCGUCCGUUUCCGGCCAAGUCGUCUGUGUUACUGGUGCCGGAGGCUUCAUCGCCUCUUGGCUUGUUAAACUUCUUCUGAAAAAAGGCUACACUGUUAGAGGAACUGUAAGGAAUCCUGAUGAUCCAAAGAAUUGUCAUUUGAGGGAGCUUGAAGGAGCAAAAGAGAGACUGACUCUGUGCAGAGGUGAUCUUCUUGAUUACCAGAGUUUGCGUGAAGCAAUCAACGGCUGUGAUGGAGUUUUCCACACAGCUUCACCCGUCACUGAUGAUCCAGAACAAAUGGUGGAGCCAGCAGUUAUUGGUACUAAGAAUGUGAUAACAGCAGCAGCAGAGGCCAACGUACGACGAGUUGUGUUCACUUCCUCAAUUGGAGCUGUGUAUAUGGACCCAAGCAGAGACCCUGAAAAAGUUGUCGAUGAGACUUGCUGGAGUGAUCCUGAUUUCUGCAAGAACACUAAGAAUUGGUAUUGCUAUGGGAAGAUGGUGGCAGAACAAGCAGCGUGGGACGAGGCAAGGGAGAAAGGAGUUGAUUUAGUUGCGAUCAAUCCAGUGUUGGUGCUUGGACCAUUGCUCCAAAAAACUGUGAAUGCCAGUGUUCUUCACAUCCUCAAGUACCUUACUGGCUCAGCUAAAACAUAUGCCAAUUCAACUCAAGCAUAUGUGCAUGUUAAGGAUGUGGCUCUAGCUCACAUACUUCUUUAUGAGACUCCUUCAGCAUCUGGCCGUUACCUCUGUGCUGAGAGUGUGCUUCACCGUGGCGACGUGGUUGAAAUUCUAGCCAAAUUCUUCCCUGAAUAUCCCAUCCCCACAAAGUGUUCAGAUCAGACGAAGCCAAGGGUAAGACCGUACAAAUUCUCAAACCAAAAACUAAAGGAUUUGGGACUGGAAUUUACACCAGUAAAACAAUGCUUAUAUGAGACGGUGAAGAGCCUACAGGAGAAAGGUCACCUUCCAAUUCCAACUCAAAAGGAUGAAAUUAUACGAAUUCAGACUUAGCUUUAUUAUGUACCAAGAACCAAAUGCUGGACCGAGAUAUAUUGCUUUUUUCCAUAAUAUAUCAUUUUUAUGUAAUAAUUUAUGUAUAUCUUUGGAAUGUUCAUAUAAUGGGACAGUUGUACUUUCAGUUUUUUCGGUUAUUGGUAAAUUGUGAGUUUCAUCCUUGUAAUAUAUAUUUGUACUUUUUAUUCCUUUAUAUUGGAAAUAUGUGAUAUAAGAUUAUUUUUA